UCUUCACUUCGUACUUGUUUCGAAAGCGGUUUGUUGAAAGAAGUUCAUUCAUUGAAGUCGAUUUCUGUUAUACACCAUCGUGUUUAUUGAGUUGUUAAACCAUGAUUGAGCCAAAGAAGAGACCGGGGGACAUGGCUUUGGUUCCUGCCGGUGGAGUCAAGAGGCCCAGGACGGAGCUGAUCGCCGCGGUACAGUCGCAACAGCUCGUGGCCAUGGGCCCUCCCCGCAGCUCCAGCCUGCAGGCUCCCAUCAUGCUAAUGUGUGGCCAUGAGGGAGAGGUCUACUGCUGCAAGUUCCAUCCCAAUGGAGCCACCUUGGCCUCCUCUGGCUAUGACAGGCUCAUCUUGAUGUGGAAUGUGUAUGGGGACUGUGAUAACUUUGCCACCCUGAAGGGACACAGUGGAGCUGUGAUGGAGCUUCACUACAACACAGACGGCAGCCUGCUGUUCAGUGCCAGUACAGAUAAGACGGUGGGAGUGUGGGACAGUGAGACGGGUGAGAGAAUCAAGCGUCUAAAAGGCCACACCUCCUUCGUUAACUCCUGCUACCCUGCUCGACGCGGACCCCAGCUCGUCUGUACCGGCAGUGACGAUGGAACUGUCAGGCUGUGGGACAUCCGUAAGAAGGGUGCAGUCCAUACGUUCCAGAACACCUACCAGGUGUUGGCCGUCACAUUCAACGACACCAGCGACCAGAUCCUGUCUGGAGGCAUCGACAAUGACAUCAAGGUGUGGGACCUGAGGCAGAAUAAGCUGGUCUACAGUAUGCAUGGUCAUGGUGAUUCUAUGACUGGACUCAGCCUGAGCUCAGAGGGGUCCUACCUCCUCUCCAACUCCAUGGACAACACAGUGCGUAUUUGGGACAUCCGUCCGUUCGCUCCCAAGGAGAGGUGUGUGAAGAUAUUCCAGGGGAACAUUCACAAUUUUGAGAAGAACCUUCUGAGGUGUUCCUGGUCCGCUGACGGCAGCAAGAUUGCAGCAGGCUCAGCCGAUAGGUUUGUAUAUGUGUGGGACACCACGUCUCGUAGGAUCCUGUACAAGCUGCCAGGCCAUGCUGGGUCAGUCAACGAGGUCGCCUUCCACCCUGAGGAGCCUAUUGUCCUCUCUGGUGCCAGUGACAAGAGACUCUACAUGGGAGAGAUUCAGUAGGACUGUUUUGUGUGUGUGUGUGUGUGUGUGUGUGUGUGUGUGUGUGUGUGAGAGAGAAGGCAAUUGUGUGUACAUCUGAGUGUGUAUGUUCUGCUCCAUUGUGUGAAUGAUCAGUACUCUGUACUUUUAUAUGCUUCUGUUUAUUUAAUAAUGAGACAGUAUUUUGAGUUUGUAAUUUCCAGUCACAACAAACAACACCUGUAUUUUUUUGUAUUUCUGUUAAUAAACUACUUCUG